GUCUCGACUCUCGUGCAUGACAGUCAUGUAGUCGCGUGGUGCUGAUGUGAGGAUCUCUGCCGAUUUAUACUGUUUGGGCGAGCUUUGUCGUGACGCGCCAGCUGAAUAUGCUAUUCUCCGAGGACGCGGGAGACUUUGAACCUUAAAGUCAACCUGUUCAUUUUUCUUUAAAAUAUGCGCGAAUGCUUAUGGACAUAGCGGAAUGGCUGUGUUGUAUACGGCGGCUGGAUUGAGCUUGUAGAGGGAGGAGCGCUUCGCUCGGCUCGCCGUGCAGGGAGAUGAUGAUGAUGGCAGAAGGAGCCGGAGGAUGCGGCAGACGCGCGUUUCACCGUUUUCUGAAAGGUUAAUGGCAACUGGUGGAUGUUAAAGCGACGAAACCGCGAAGCUUUAACAAGCUGAAAUCGAUUCCGCUGGAAUAUGCAUGUGGCUAACACUGUGAUGAAUUUGUAGAGAAAUGCAUUGAGUUUCAAGUGAAACCGGGUGGAUAAUGCCAGAGUGGCGAAGGCCGACAGUCAUGGAUCAGAGAGGUCAAGGUGCGUGAAUAAUGUAGGCAGGGCAGGAGGGCUACAAUGAGUGAAAUUACAGGAUGUAUAUGAAUUCAAAAUACGGACACGCAGAUACAGUUUAACGUGCAUUUUAAGCGGCACUGAAUGAUAGUGGUGGACCUCAAACCCGAAUCAAGAAUAAAAAAAUCGUCAAAGAUUUUUUUAUUAAAUUUGACUUUUUAAUAUAACACCUAGCAAUAUGAUGUGCGAAGUGAUGCCAACCAUAAAUGAGGGGGACUCGGUGAGUUCCCAGAGAGGGUCUCAGAACGGCACGGAUGCCGAAUCUAAUUUUGAACAGUUAAUGGUGAAUAUGUUGGAUGAGAGAGAUAAGCUGCUGGAGUCAUUACGGGAGACACAGGAGACCCUCAUCCAGUCUCAAAGCAAACUUCAGGAUGUGCUCCACGACAAGGAUGUGCUACAGAGACAGCUCAACUCUGCGCUGCCACAGGAGUUUGCUACCCUGACCAAGGAGCUGAAUCUGUGUAGAGAGCAGCUUUUAGAAAAAGAGGAGGAGAUUUCUGAGCUUAAAGCAGAGCGGAACAAUACCAGGCUUCUUCUGGAGCACUUGGAGUGUCUGGUAUCUCGUCACGAGCGUUCUCUGAGGAUGACUGUGGUGAAGAGGCAGGCUCCUCCGCCCUCCGGAGUGUCCAGUGAGGUGGAGGUGCUUAAGGCUCUCAAAUCUCUCUUCGAGCAUCAUAAGGCCCUGGAUGAGAAAGUGCGUGAAAGGUUACGUGUGGCUCUUGAAAGAAUUACUACAUUAGAGGGACAGCUGGCAGCCGCCACUCAAGAGGUGGUUAUGUUGAGACAGAGGAAGGAUGGACGAUCGGAUGGAGAUGCUGUUGAAAAGAUGGAUGGCUCUAAACCUACAUGGAAGAGGCUUCCCAAUGGCUCCAUCGAUGCCCACGAUGACAACAGCAGGUGUGUGGAGCUACAGGAACUGCUUGAUAAAGCUAAUAAAGAGCUGACCCAAAACAGAGACCGGAUCGGCGGUCUGACCAGCCGCAUGACCGAGCUCGAGGCAGAACUGGUCACCGCCCGUAAAGACCUGCUGAAGAGCGAAGAGCUGUGCACCAAACACCAGAGAGACAUCCGCGAGGCGAUGGCACAGAGGGAAGACAUGGAGGAGCGAAUCACAACAUUAGAAAAACGUUAUCUGGCCGCCCAGAGGGAAACCACCUCCAUCCACGACCUGAACGACAAGCUGGAGAAUGAGCUAGCCACCAAGGAUUCACUUUACCGACAGAGCGAGGAGAAGGUACGACACCUCCAGGAGCUGCUGGAGUUGGCAGAGCAGCGCCUACAGCAAACCAUGAGGAAAGCAGAGACUCUACCGGAGGUGGAAGCUGAACUUGCCCAGAGAGUUGCCGCUCUUACCAAGGCGGAGGAACGCCAUGGCAACAUCGAGGAGCGUUUGCGGCAACUGGAGGCCCAGCUGGAGGAGAAGAACCAGGAGCUGGGCAGGGCUCGUCAAAGGGAGAAGAUGAAUGAGGAGCAUAACAAGCGUCUGUCUGACACUGUGGACCGUCUCCUCACCGAGUCCAAUGAGAGGCUUCAGCUUCACCUGAAGGAGCGCAUGGCUGCACUGGAGGACAAGGAGAGGCUGAUCGGGGAGAUCGAGAAGUUACGAUCAGAACUUGAUCAUAUGAAGCGCAGGAGUAGUGUGUUUGGAGAUGGUACACACCCUAGGUCUCAUGUUGGCAGUGCCACAGACCUGCGCUUCUCAGUGGUGGAAGGUCAGGGCGAUCAUUACUCAUCCACCGGGGUCAUACGACGGGCUCAGAAAGGUCGACGGAUGGCACUCAGGGAUGAACCCACAAAGGACUGGGAUCGCUCUCAACCUUCUAGCUUGCGGGCCAGUCGUACCCAUCUUAUGGGCAGCGACACAGAGUUGUCCGACUUAGACGAUGAGGACCGGGAGACCAUCUUUAGCUCAGCCGAUAUGCAGUCCCCCAGCGGACACUCGGACGCGCAGACACUCGCCCUCAUGUUGCAAGAACAGCUGGAUGCUAUCAAUGAGGAGAUCAGAAUGAUCCAGGUUGAACGGGAAAAUGCAGAGCUUCGUGCUGACGAACUCGAGAGUCGGGUGAACAGCGGCAGCAUGGACGGGCUCAAUGUGACCCUGCGGCCACGCUCCUCCAUCCCAACCUCUGUCACUGCCCUCUCCCUUGCCAGCUCUUCACCUCCCGUUAGCGGCCGGUCAACACCCAAGAUGACAUCUGGUUCAGCGGCACAUGAGUUGGGCAUCAUGACCCUGCCUAGCGAUCUAAGGAAACAUCGCAGGAGAGUUGCUUCCCCUGUGGAGGCCCGAGAGGAUAAGGCCACCAUAAAGUGUGAGACGUCGCCCCCUUCGUCCCCCCGCAGCCUUAGACUCGACCAAAUGAACUUCGCUCAACUAACAGGAAGUCUGGAGGAUGGCCGAGGGGGUAACAAAAAGAAGGGCAUAAAGUCGUCUAUUGGCCGUCUCUUUGGCAAGAAGGAGAAGGCGCGUUUAGACCAGCAGAUGAGCAAGGAUGGCCAGAUGACACCACCUGUUAUUACAGAUUUCGAGAUGAGUAUUGGAGACACCAUGACCUUGAGCAAACUGGGAACGCAGGCAGAGAGAGAUCGCAGGAUGAAGAAAAAACACGAGCUGCUGGAGGAUGCCAGGAGGAAAGGACUUCCUUUCGCUCAGUGGGAUGGCCCAACUGUCGUCUCCUGGCUCGAGCUGUGGGUGGGCAUGCCGGCCUGGUACGUGGCGGCGUGUCGUGCCAACGUGAAGAGCGGCGCGAUCAUGUCUGCGCUGUCGGACACAGAGAUUCAGCGGGAGAUCGGCAUCAGUAACCCACUCCAUCGGUUGAAGCUGAGGCUGGCCAUUCAGGAGAUGGUUUCACUGACGAGUCCUUCAGCUCCGCUCACCUCACGCACAUCUUCCGGAAAUGUGUGGGUGACUCACGAGGAGAUGGAAAACUUGGCAUCCUCCACUAAAAUGGAGAAUGAGGAAGGAAGUUGGGCUCAGACGCUGGCAUAUGGUGACAUGAACCACGAGUGGAUUGGGAAUGAGUGGCUGCCCAGUCUGGGUCUGCCUCAGUACCGCAGCUACUUCAUGGAGUGUCUGGUGGAUGCUCGAAUGCUGGACCACCUUACCAAGAAAGACCUGAGGACACACCUGAAGAUGGUGGACAGCUUUCACCGGGCAAGUUUGCACUUUGGCAUCAUGUGUUUAAAAAGACUUAACUAUGACAGGAAAGAGUUAGAACGCAGAAGAGAAGCUUUUCAGCAUGAUCUCAAAGAUACCCUGGUGUGGACCAAUGAUCACGUGAUGCAGUGGAUUCAUAAUAUCGGCCUGAAGGAGUACGGUAAUAACCUGUUGGAAAGCGGAGUGCACGGAGCUCUUAUCGCCCUCGACGAGACCUUUGAAUUCAGCAGCUUGGCCCUCAUUCUACAGAUUCCCAUGCAGAACACUCAGGCCAGGCAGAUUCUUGAGAGGGAGUUCAGUAAUCUCUUAUCAUUGGGGACGGACCGGCGUCUGGAAGAGAACGAUGACAAGUCAUUCCGAAGGUCUCCAUCAUGGCGUAAGCGCUUCAGGCCAAGGGACGGCCAGGGUCUGGGUAUGAUGGCAGGCUCUAUAGAGACUCUUCCCGCUGGCUUCCGCCUCAACACCAUGUCCAUUCCCCAUUCCAUGACUGCUGGGCCCAAGAAACAGCUGCAACCAGAAGCAGCCGGGCCGCCGGCCCCGCAGAGACUAGACCCAUCAGCUGUCAGGACUUAUUCCUGCUAACUUGCUUUUACUAAUCACUGUACUCGCACUAACAGUGCAUUCCCACUACCUGUAUGGACACAUGCUUGGGGCCUUUCGAGAAUGAUAUGCCAAAUUCUGGGGACAUCUUGAAGGGACGAGGGAAGGGUCACCUCUGCCCCUCCCCUUUCCUGAAUGACACACCCACGCUUUCUUGGACGCCGUGCAAUAGGAGGGGGGGGGCAGAGAGAUUGAUUUCGACUUGAUCUGGAGGGAAUUGGAUGCACAGCACCUGUAAAGGAGAUAUCUUGUCAUAUCAGCCGUUACCCAGUAAUCCCAGUUAUAUAGUCUUCGUGGUGGUUGUACUUAACUGGUGUACUUGGCCCUGUAGUCUGUCAGUGCUAGUCUGUUCCUUUGGGUGUGGCAUUUUACCGUAUAAGGCUUUCCCUCCUUUGGUUAUGCAAAACAGUAAUCAACGUAUCUGUAUAUAUGAAAAACGGAAAAUGAUGCUAUUAUGUUUUUUUAUGGAAAUAUAUAUCAGACUUGUAUAUGGAGAUGAUUAUAUCAUUAUUAUAUGAAUUUUGAAAUCUCAGUUGUGACUGUUUUCUGUCGUUUAGACAGCUCUACAGUAUCUGCUAGAACAGUGUUACUGUAAACGUGUAGUUGGUGUUUUUCGAACACCGGAGGUGACUGGAGAGAGGUGUGUCUGUGUUCACAUCAUCAGUGCUGACUUUCACUCUACACUUCCAGGUUUGGUGUGGGUUUGUAUGGUCACUGUCCAAACAUUGUGUGCUUUCAAAAAUUGCCAGAAUGACACUAAAAAAGGGUGCUAAGAAAUGUUGCGCGUCAGAGAAGACAAUAGACUUCAGUUCACUUAGCAUCAGUCGAGAAAGGACUAUCUACACCAUAAAAAAAUGAGUUUGAACACAUGAUCAUUUCUGCAAAAUCACAAUGGGAGCAAAUUAUUCCUGAUCAGCCUAGAACAAAAGAACCAAAUUAUGAGCAUCUGUUGGGCAUUUCAUUUUUUUUUAAGGCAACUUUUCUGUAUAAUUCAUAGGAUGUGUCGUGCUAUUUUGUGGCAGCUACUGUACUGUAUGUGUAAAUGUAUGUAUGUGUAUUUAAAGUGUUACACAAUGCUGACAAACCAUGUUCUUACUUAAAAAUUGCUCUCUAUUAAAAGAGUAUUAUUAAUAGUGACUGUUUAUUCUUUUCAUACACAAACAAAUGUGGCCAAGUAAUUAUUAUUCUUAAAAAAUGAGUGGCACGAUUGAGGAUGGUUUGACCGAUGAUUAUGUUUGCGUGACUGAUGAGUGCCCUUGUUUGUGCUGUGCAGAACACUAUUGGCAGGGUGUCUAGUGGAGCAUGCAUGCCACUAAUCUGACAAUCACUGUAGCAUUUAUUGCCUCUCUCAUCCAACAUGACCACAGAUAUAAAGAAAUAUGUCAAACACUUAAACUUGAAGUCCUGUGGUGUGCUGCUCUUUUUUAAGCCUCUAUCUGCCAAUUGUGCCUAGUUUCUCGCAGCCAGUUUUAUUGCUUUUGCUUUAUUUUUUAAACUCUUCUCUGGCAAUCGUAUCUGUUUGAUCCUUUAGUGGCUUGCUAAACAUGCUUGACAAGGACCAAGCGUACAAUGAUAAUGGAGUUUUCCUGAUGCAGCAGUGAUUUUCGAGAGAAAUAAGUGAUUUUUCGCUACGUAGUUCUUGGCUCUUCUGUGGUAGUCAACUGUAAAACACCCUCGCAAACUCGUUCUCUUUUGUGUGCAUGUACGGUUUAUUGUUGUAAAUAGCCGAUUUAUGUAUAUAGUUCUGAAUAGAGUAGCUCCUCCAGAUUCCACAUAAAGCAUGUGGUUUGUCUGUUUAGGUGAUUUUCUUUUCAAUGUUAAAUUUGUUUAGACACUGUUGUUGUUGUUGUUGUUUUUUUCACUUUAAAUGUAAAAAGCUGUCACAAAUAAAUUAUUAUAUAUGAA